AUGCCCCCGAAGGAGUCCGAGCAGCCCCGCCGAGCUCCGUUUGUCUUCCCUCGAUCGAGGAGGGAGAGAGCGGCCGAAGCUGCUCGUCCCAUUCCUGCACAACCGGUGCGAGCUGCUGCACCUUCGCAGCCCCCUACGCAUGAAGCGACCAGGGCAGAACAGGCGUUACUUGCGAUGAGGAUGUCUAUAGAGAAGACACGGCUGGGAGCUGCGAAGGGGUCCAGCGACCUACAGGAGGAGGUCGCGAAGCUCAAGAAAAGCUUGGAAUCCGCCGAAGCUGAAAGAACAGAAGCGUUCGAUGCGGCGAACAGGUAUCUGAGCCAAAAGGAUACCGCUUUACGAACUGUGGAUUUCCAAAAGACGGAACUCGAUCGACGUGCGGAGGAAGUUAAGGAACUUCAGAGGACAACCGCCAGGCUCUCCAAGGAGGUCGGAGAAAAGGAUCAGGAGAUCCAGGCGACCUUCGCACGGGCUCAGCGAGCUGAACAAGAGAGGGAGGCCUCCGAAGAGGAAAGGCAAGCUCUUGAGGCUGAACUCCAGGAGAGUCGCGAAAGGGUCGCCUCACUGACUGAAGAGAUGCGGAAUCAGUCAGAGGAGAUGGAGGAAAAGGCCGCCGACUGGGCGAUUGGGUGCAUUUAUUCCCUCCGAUCGAGGAACCCAGAUAUGGACAUUUCCGACCUCCCGGAGGGGUGGCAAGCGACCUUACGGAUCAUGGCCGAGGAGGACGAUCUGGAAGCCGUCGCCGCCCAAGGACCCGACCAGGCAGGGGGUUCUGGUUCGAAGGAUCCCCUCGACCAGCCGUAA